UAAUGAACACUAGACGGAAGAUAUCAUUCACACAUAAAGGCAGGCUAAAGUCACUGUGCACAAUUCCCCGUUUCAUACCUGAAACAUCAUAAACAACUUACUGGAAAUUGCCAGAACUAGGCAUGGCCGUUCGAAUACUGAACCCAUGACGUGUACCAUUGACAAGAUCUUACAGGAUGCCAAGACCUUGUUAGAGAGACUUAAAGAUCACGACAACGCUGCAGAAUCCUUAAUUGAACAGUCCAGCUCUCUACAUAAGCAUGUUGAAGCCAUGAAGGAGGUUGGCAAUAAUUUGCCAGAAAAGUACCAAGAAGAUUUGGCAGAAAUAAAGGACACAUCAAAGUACAAACCACAUGUGCUUUUAUGUCAAGAGAACACUCAGAUUAGAGAUCUUCAGCAAGAAAAUAAAGAGCUCUGGCUGUCUUUGGAGGAACAUCAAUAUGCGCUAGAACUGAUAAUGAGCAAAUACAGGAGACAGAUGCUCCAGUUAAUAGCAAAUAAAAAACCUGUACCUACAGAGCCAGUGCUGGGAGCCCAUGAAACCUACUCAACUGAAAUAGAAAGUCAUAUUGAUAGAAUAUGUGCCAUGGGAGAAGUGAUGAGAAAAGCCAUUCAAGUAGAUGAAGGGCAGGCCUAUAAUAUUCAAGAGAGACUUGCCCAGCUAGAGCUGGAAAACAAGGAGCUUCAAGCAAUUCUGUCGGUGAGCAAAGAGUCCUUACAUUUGGGUAAAAAUGAGUCGGAGUGGAAUUCAUUAGAGAAAUCCUAUUGACAUCUUUCUAAUAACAAGACAGUCAUCUUACAUUUGGCUGGACCUUCAACCUUGAUGCUAAGGAGGCUGUUUCCUUGCCCUACACAUACACAAGCUAGCACUGGUAUGAGUGUUCCACUGCCUUGAAAGGGAAAAUGUUCUGCACUGAGGAGUGUGCUGACUCAAGAAGAUGAAGAAAAUUGCUUGUUUAUGUGAACUUGUAGUAAAGACCACAUUUCCUGCAUAGAAACAUUGUGGACUUCUGACAAUGAUAAUAAUAGAUGUUUUAUUUAAAUAUAUACAGAGAAAAAUAAGUAUUGGUAUAAAUAAAAAUUCUCCAAAAUAA